AUGGCGUGCCUUACCUUGUUCUUGCUAUGCCUUGACAACAGCAUCAACACUGGUACUCGGUAUCAAUUCACUCCUUCCCUUGACUUUGUUCAUCCUCUCUCUUACUCUCCUUUUGGACUGCCAUUGAUGGAGAUGCUAGCUCCUGCAUCUAGCCAGGCGCAGACCAGGACCGUACCUCUCGUCUGCAUAAUAUGCCCACGCAAGCCCAACUUCAGUGAUCUGUCGCAUCUCCUCACCCACAUCAGCAGCAAGGCUCAUCUGUCGACCUACUACAAGCUCAAGGUUCGCUCAGGCUCCGAUGAUGCUGCUCGUCAGUCCGUCGAGCGGUACGACAUAUGGUACGCCGAGAAUGACAUCGAGUCUUUCAUGUCGGAGCGUAUGAAGCACAAGGAUGAACGCAAGAAGAUCAAGAUUGAGCUCCAUACCAACGUCAAGGUCAUCAAGAAAGAGUCCCACUCGCCAACGUUCACUCCAUCAUCAGCAUCCUACGACGACAUUCCAUCAGUCUACCCUCACCCGUACGCUGCCUACGCACCGAUGUAUACUUGGGCAGCACACCCUUACCUCACCCACAGACAAGACUCUGCAUCCGUCGAGAAUGAUGAUCAGCAGGCCCCAAGUGAAGUAUCACUUAUACCAAGAAAGCGAAAGGUCAAGCAUGAGACACACCCUGUUGGAGAUGUCGAUGACGAGGACGAAAGCAGCAAGCUCAAGGGUAUUGUUUGGCCAGGUAUGGGCCUCUUUGACGCAGCUACUCCAGAGUUGAAGAAGAAGCGUAACCAGAAGAAAGACGUCUCUGUCAACGAUCGUCUUGCCACCAUGUCUGGAGGAAUCAUGAAGGAAGAGCUGAUCUUCAGUGCAUCUGGUACUCUGCUCAAAACUAGAAUCAUCUCUGGCCAGCCACAGCCCGAGGAUCUGCUGCCUGGCGAGGAGUUGCCUCCCCGUCAACCCAAGGCCAAGCGCGCUCCCAGAAAGAAGCCUCUUGACGGCAAGAAACCUCUCGAGGACAAGAAGCCCUUGGGAGACAGAGAUCUCGGCACCGCUACGAAGCCCAAUCUUCGCGCCAAGCCCAAGGCCAGGAAGAACUCCCGUAAGCAGCGACCCGUUCUUGCUACCACUGCCGACACUCAGGAAGGUAUUGACCCCAAGGAUGCGGUGCCCCGGAAGACUACGCGCAACAAGCGCAAGAAAGCACCCUUCGACGAAGCUGAAGAGGAAGGCGAGACUCAGAUUGAGAUGGAAGAAGCCACAUUCGAGCAGCCUGUUGUCAUGACGCAGCUCAACUCUGGAUAUCAACAUGCUCCGAUGUACGUUGCAGCAGCACCCAUGGGUUUCAGGGCUGCCGAGCCCACUUACAUGAACAUGACGGGUCAGAGUUACUACCAGUUCCCGGCUGGACAGGACAACCCGUUCUCGUACGACCCAUCUCCCUUGACGACGUGGGAUUACUUUGGGUACGGCGUGGGAAGCAGCGUCGUAAACCCUCUGUUCACAGGCAUGUACGGAGGCAGCUUUGACGAUGAUGACGACGACGAGGACAACGAGGGGACCAUCUCGGCGCCCAUCUCGGAGUCGCAGUAG